AUGGAAAACGAGUCUCCGACCGCCCGACCACUGGGACCCCGUAAUUUGCCUCGUGCUUCGCAUGCUUGUCAACGAUGUCGCGAAAAGAAAGGAAGAUGUAAUCAACGGCAGCCUUGCUCAUCAUGCAUCCGCGUUGAUGCAGUUUGUGUCUAUGGAGAGAGGAGAAAGAAAAGAAGGAGAAUGGGCGACCCGAUAGAGGAUGAUGAUACUCGAUUAGAAGCCACCCCUCGACCCUGGCCAUUGAUUGAUGCGAGAUCAAAUUCUGUUCAUGAUGCUAUCGAGGAUGUACCUGGUUGUGUUGGUGACUCUAGGUUGGAUGUGAGCACUGAGGUUAACAUAAACUCUGUGCGCUCAGAGGCUACUUUAACCUCGAAUGAUCGUGACGUGUUAGGCGAUGUAAACCAGCGGACUCAAGGAACUGAAUUCUACGGAACAGCAUCCAAUUAUGUGCUGCUUAACCAGUUGUUUUCCCAUGUCCGCCAACACAGUCUGACCAUGCGUACCCCAGAUACUGGUCAGCCAGUGACGAGUCCUAAUCAAAGCAAUCAUGGCCCGGGUGGGAGAAUGUCUCUGGUCAACCUGCUUGCACAUGAAGACGAUCUGCUGCCACCAUCGAGAGAAAAGUCACCGCUGCCGACAAUUCCCUCCGCAACCCGGUCGUCUGGUUUUCGUGCUCCGCAAAGUGGUCACCAGCCAAGCCACCGUACUCCAAGCAGUGUCUCCCCUUCUUCAAACCUGCGUGUCACAGAAAGACGUCUGGAGAAAGCGCUCAUACGCAGCUUCACGCACAAUCUACACUACUUGCAUCCCAUGAUCGAACCUGGCACAUUCAUUAGCCGAUGCGAGGAACAUUUCGCACAAUCUAACAACACACAAGAAAGAUCUCCUCAGUUUCGACACUUUUUUGCUCUGUACAAUAUCGUUGUUGCUGUUGGAGCACUCGUGGCUGGUUCAGAGCUAAAAGACGAGCUUGACCAUGAGAUCAAGAUUGUGCUGCAUAGCAAGAAAGACCCUCAGGAACUCGCGAAAGCUCCGCUCCAAAGAUUAUCCAGGUACUAUUUCCGAAAAUCGCGAAGCCUGCUUGGUGAUGUGUUUGAGGCAUGCUCUCUGGAGAGUGCCCAGACGCUCUUUUUGAUGUCUUUGUACUGCCAGAAUUCCCUGAAGCCACAUGCCUGCUAUAUGUAUUGUGGUAUGGCUGUUAGGACUGCGCUUGCUAUUGGUCUACCAUCUGAGUCAAUGUCCAACUCGUUCGAGGCUUGCAAGGCGGCACGAAGAACUUGGUGGUGUAUUUACUCUCACGAGAUAGAUAUGUGCUGCUCUGCCGGGCGCUUCGACAGUCUUGGAAAACCGCGGAAGUAUCCCAUCCCUUUGCCUCAAAUCAAGUCGUUCAGCACCGACUCGAGCUCCGACAUUGCCUAUCUUGAAGGACCAAACGUUUCGAUGAUCAACGUGAUGGUCGACUUUGCUGUAGUAUUGCGACGUAUUUCUAAGGACAUAUAUCAUUGCCCAAAAGAGGUGACCGCUUCUCAGAAAUCAGCUGCGGCUUUCUCCAUAGACACACUCCUCGACCAGUGGAAGUUCGAUCUCGCGCCAUGGCACAAUUUUGACGUUGUCGAUUUUCGAGAACCAGAGUGGGCUGCAAAACAGAAGUUGGUUCUUCACUUGCGUUAUCUUAACGCUCGUGUCAUCCUGCAUCGUCCAUUUUUAUCAGAUGUCACGACUUGUGACUUACUGGAGAGGCAAAAACAUAUCGAUCUAUGUCUAGCUGCCGCGCGAAAGACUAUUCAGGUCCUGUACGAUGCUUAUGCGAACAAACACUACUUCCGUACGUGGUGGUAUAAUUCGACUUACACUCUGUACGCCGGAAUGAUUGUGUUGUACGUUAUCAUGCUAGGACACAGCACAGAGGCCGACGAUAUGCUUCUUGAUGAUGUUAGAAAGAGUCGAGACAUUCUCAAAUCCAUGGAGGAAGCAAGCGUGGCUCGUCGCAGUGCAGACUUGUUGAGCGAAGUCUUGGAAGUCGCUACUGCUUACAUACAGCAGAAGGACACAAGAAACAAUACGUCUGCGAUAACCCCUGCAAGCGAUGUCUGCAAUGACCAAACACGCCAAGUCCCUUCUGCUCUUCCGAGCGAGAUUAACAGCACCGGCUUUGGUCAACAUCCGGAAGCAUUCAUGGCAUCUCUGAUCGACCCCAAUAUUCUUCAGGAUUUUACCACGGACUCAAACGACUGGGCAUGCUUUGGCUUCUCAUCG